CCAGAGCCGAAAAAAAUCUGUGUGUGCGCAUGAGGCUGUUGAUGUGCAAAUGUGGAUCAUAUUGAGAGGGUCUGAAUAGGGAGGUGUGACGUAAGGAGGGCUGCGCGCAGGUGCUUAUCUCCAAGCCGUCAAAGGCACUGGAUGGCAUAUCAUGGAAACUACCUUUCAAGGCAACAGCUUUAGUGUUUCCUGUCAGCACACCAGGGAGGAGAGAAAUAGUUUUGGAAACACACAAAAAAAGGUCCCAGCUCUGUGAGAUUCUUGGAAGGACUGUGUCAAUUCCAUGUUGUGUGGCUGUGUGCUCAUACCAUUCUAAGCUCCAGCUCCAGAUGAACCAGGGUAGUGUGUGGUGGCAGGAACAGCUGACUCAUUAGUAGAGAGCAGUGAAAGUAGCAAUGGCAACUCUCUGGUUCAAAUUCAGUAGCUGCUAGGGAAGAUGAAUUUCAAGAUUUUCCACUAAAUUGAACAAAAAUAUUGGCAGACAGGUUACCUGAAGAAAGAAUGAUGGAUGCAGAUGUUGAAGAUAAAACAUUGCAUACUUUCUCAAAAGGAACUGAAGUACCAAUGGAUUCUCUGAUCCAAGAACUCAGGGCUGCAUAUGAUUGCUCUAUGGCAAAGAAGAGGAGAGCUGAAGAGCAGGCACUGGGAGUGCCAGUUAACAAGAGGAAAUCUCUAUUAAUGAAACCCCGGCACUACAGCCCAGACAUGGACUGCAAGGGAAACCCAGACAACAAGAAUGAGGAAGAUGGCCUCUUAGAAAUGAAUGAGCACUCCACUGCAGAGGGAAUCAUGGUAAAGCCCAUGGAUGAGACCCUUCAUUCACCUGCACAAGAAAGCUCACUCCAAAAGGAAGACCAGUACAUGUGUUACCCAGAGCUCACGGUUAAAUCUCUAACGCACUUAGGAAAAUUCGAAGAAAAUGUGUCUGGGCAGACCAUAGGUGAGCACUUAAAUGACAGUGGCAUCCAGUCUUUAAAAGCAGAGAGUGAUGAGGCAGAUGAGUGCUUUAUGAUCAAUUCAGAUGAUGGAAGAGACAAAGUCCACAGUUCCCAGCCACCUUUCUGCUCUUCUGGUGACAGUGGAAGUGACUCUGACAGUGCAGAGAAUGGGUGGGGUAGUGGCUCCAACUCAUCAGAAGACAUUGACCACAGAGGCCACAGACACAAGCUGACAUACACUAAAAAGGACCUGUUGGAGGUUUCUGAGAUAAAAGCUGAAGGUGACAGAUUUUCCCCUUAUGAGAAUAGGCGUGGUUCUGACACAGAUGGGAGAGACCCACAGAACUCAUACAUGGAACCCGAGGCCAACAAAGCCCAGCCUUCAUUCCCAGAGGCUGAAGAUGGUGAGAGCCUGGUCCCAGUAACAGAGGAGCCUGGAGAAAUGGAGAAAGUGAAGGGGAACCUGAGUUUGCUGGAGCAGGCUAUUGCCUUACAGGCAGAACGAGGUUCUGUCUUCCAUCACACCUAUAAGGAGCUGGACCGCUUUCUUCUGGACCACCUGGCGAGAGAACGGAGGCAAACCAAGGUUACUGACACUGGUGGAAGAGAAAUCUUUAACAAUAAACAUUCACCAAGGCCUGAAAGGAGGGAGGCCAAGUGCCCCAUCCCUGGCUGUGACGGCACAGGGCACGUAACUGGGCUCUAUCCCCACCACCGCAGCCUUUCCGGGUGCCCCCACAAAGUGCGAGUUCCUCUGGAAAUUCUUGCCAUGCAUGAGAAUGUGCUCAAAUGUCCCACCCCAGGAUGCACAGGAAGGGGACAUGUGAACAGCAACCGCAACACUCACAGAAGUCUUUCAGGUUGUCCAAUUGCUGCAGCUGAAAAGUUGGCAAUGACCCAGGACAAAGGUCAACUUGAUUCUUCCCAAACUGGGCACUGUCCUGAGAAGGCUCACAGGACGAAUUUGGUGAAGCAAAUUGAAUUUAACUUCCGCUCACAAGCCAUCACCUCUUCAAGAGCCACUGUAUCAAAAGAACAAGAGAAGUUUGGGAAAGUGCCAUUUGAUUAUGCCAGUUUUGAUGCUCAAGUUUUUGGUAAACGUCCUUUCCUACAAGCAGGCCAAGGACAAAAAACACCACCAUUUCUUGAAUCAAAGCAUUUUUCAAAUCCAGUGAAAUUUCCUAAUGGGCUGCCUAGUGCUGGCGCCCACACACAGAGCACAGUCCGUGCCAGCUCUUAUGGCCAUGGUCAGUGCAGUGAAGACACCCACAUAGCAGCAGCUGCUGCCAUCCUGAACCUUUCCACCCGCUGCAGGGAAGCCACAGACAUCCUCUCCAACAAACCACAGAGCCUGCAUGCCAAGGGAGCUGAGAUAGAAGUGGAUGAAAAUGGCACAUUGGACUUAAGCAUGAAAAAAAAUAGAAUCCUGGACAAGUCUAUACCCCCAACUUCCUCUCACACUACAGUUACAACACCAUCUUCUUCCCCAUUCAAAGCAAGCAGCCUUCUGGUAAAUGCUGCCUUCUACCAGGCUCUUUGUGACCAAGAAGGCUGGGAUGUGCCCAUCAACUAUAGUAAAACCCAUGGAAAGACAGAGGAGGAGAAAGAGAAAGACCCUGUGAACUCCUUAGAAAAUUUAGAAGAAAAAAAGUUUGCCGGAGAGGCCUCUAUUCCAAGCCCAAAGCCCAAGCUCCAUUCAAGGGAUCUCAAGAAAGAGCUAAUCACAUGCCCAACACCAGGAUGUGAUGGAAGCGGCCAUGUCACAGGCAACUACGCGUCUCACCGCAGUGUCUCUGGAUGUCCUCUAGCCGAUAAGACUCUUAAGUCACUCAUGGCUGCCAACUCUCAGGAGCUUAAGUGUCCAACCCCAGGUUGUGAUGGUUCUGGACAUGUGACUGGGAACUAUGCUUCCCACAGAAGCUUGUCUGGUUGCCCUCGUGCAAGGAAAGGUGGCAUCAAAAUGACUCCUACCAAGGAAGAUAAAGAAGAGUCUGAACUUAAAUGUCCUGUAAUAGGGUGUGACGGCCAAGGUCACAUAUCAGGCAAAUACACAUCACACCGCACAGCUUCUGGUUGUCCUCUGGCUGCCAAGAGACAGAAGGAGAAUCCCCUCAAUGGGUCCCCUCUCUCCUGGAAACUGAACAAGCAAGAACUUCCCCACUGUCCCUUGCCAGGAUGCAAUGGGCUGGGUCAUGUAAAUAAUGUUUUCGUCACCCACAGAAGCUUAUCUGGAUGCCCUCUCAAUGCACAAGCUAUCAAAAAGGUCAAGGUCUCUGAGGAACUAAUGACCAUCAAGCUCAAAGCAACCGGGGGUAUUGAUGGUGAUGAAGAAAUUAGGCAUUUGGAUGAAGAAAUAAAGGAACUGAAUGAAUCCAACCUUAAAAUUGAAGCAGAUAUGAUGAAACUUCAGACCCAGAUAACAUCUAUGGAGAGCAACUUGAAGACCAUAGAGGAGGAGAACAAGCUGAUAGAACAGAGCAAUGAGAGUCUGCUGAAGGAGCUGGCAGGCCUCAGCCAGGCUCUCAUCUCCAGCCUUGCUGACAUCCAGCUGCCACAGAUGGGGCCUAUCACGGAGCAGAAUUUUGAAGCGUAUGUAAAUACUCUCACAGACAUGUACAGCAAUCUGGAGCGGGACUAUUCACCGGAAUGCAAAGCUCUACUGGAAAGUAUUAAGCAGGCGGUGAAGGGCAUCCACGUGUAGGAGGGCAGCAUGCAGGAAGCAGAGGUCACCACAUCAGUGAAUUCCAGCCGAUCCACAGGGGCCUCUCACCCCUCGAGCCUGGAGGCUUCCCCCUGCAUUUAUAAUUGCAACAUUGCACUAAUUUUCUCCCAGCUGACAUAAAAAGGAAAAAAAACUAUGAUAAACUCUUUGGAUUAAAAGUAAUGCAGUCAGUUAUUAGAUCUCAUUUAUUUUCAUAUCUUUUUCUUUUAUUUCUUCAUUGUACUCUUUAUUUUGUAAAGUAUAUAUAAAAUAAAUGUGACAUUUUAUAUUUUAUUUAUUACUAAUCAAAGAGUUUUUUAUCUUUUAACUGCAUUUUGAAGUCUACCAUAUUUUUACAGGUGUGUUUAUUAAUUUAUCUCCUAAUAGAUUUAAAUAGAAAUGCUGUUCUCAAAUCACUCAUCUUUCUGGGUUUAAUGAGAAAAACAACAACAACAACAAUAAGGUGUAAAAGAAAUCCCUGUGUGAGGACUGCACUAUGGUCAAGUUUGAUUUCUGCUGUGCACUUCUUUUCCCCCUUCCCUGGUUUUGUAAAUGGUUCUUGGUAAUGUGAGCUGCAAAGGACUAUGAAGAUAAAUGGUGCCCACUAGUGGGAAAUCUCCGUUCAUAAAAGCACAGGAUGCUGGCAAACAGUGUGCUCAGAAUUUGAUAGCAAUAAUUAAAUAAAACAGUCAGCAGAAUAUUCCAUGUGGCUGCAUGGAUUUAAUUAAUAAGAAUUAUUUAUUUGAGCUGUCUAAAGCAUAGAUUUUAAGUGAACCAGAUUUUGCCUUUUUGUUUUUCAAGUCACAUUGGCUAGUUGGCAGCCCUUCCCCAAGAUGAGAACUAAGCUUUGAUGUGACCAGCUAGGCUUUUCCUGCUACAUGUUAGUACAAUAUUACAAGUGACAAUAUUGGUAUAGAGUUAUACGUAGCAAAUACAGACACAUCCAAAUGGAAAUUUUGUAGAUACAAUAUCCCUUGAAAUAGCAUUUAUCUUACUGGAUUGACUGGAAAAGAGUGGAAAACAUAAUAAGACAUGAAAAAGUGUUAUUCCAAUCUGAAAACUGACAACAUUGGUCUACAUUUCCCUAGGAAAUAAGACAAUUUUCAAUUUGAUAUAACUAUUGGACUAUACACACAUGCACAUGCACAUGCACACGCACACACACACCACACACACACACUGGCACAGUCCACACAUAUAUGAACUCACACUGAUUCACACAUGAAAUUGAGUCUAAAAAUCUCAACUGGAUCAGAGUUUAGUAAUUGCUGUAGUAAAGGCAAUGUCUAUUUCAGGGACUGUAAAGUAGUUUAAGCAUUGUUUCAAAGGUUUUUUUAUAUUUAUUUUUUUUAAGGAAAAGGUAUAAACAACCAGCUAAACUGCCUUUUUGGUGUACACACACAUUUCAUGUGCAGAUGUGCCUCUGUGUAAAUGUACACAUGAACUUUAGUGUGGGCUUAAUUUUCUGUGCUAUAAUAAAGUGUUUAUUUUCUACUAGCCUCAUGGAUAUUUAGAUUUAGUGUGAUGGCAUUCACAGGCUUGAAUUCACUGUUACUACUGUUACCUGCUCAGAUACAUGAACAGUGGUCCACUCUCAUGGAAUUGUGGUUAUUGUUACCUGCUCAGAUACAUGAAAAGUGGUCCACUCUCAUGGAAUUGUGGUUAUUGUUAUGCAUCAAGUGGGGCUUAUCUUUGGCUGGGGGUUCAUUUGAACUCUUGAAUCUUAGUUUAGUGAAAAUGACAUGUCUGUUUUUAGGUAGAAAAGGUGUUUAUUUAAAAGAAGCAGCUACCAUGAGUGGUGUCUACUAAAAACGGGACACAAAAUUUCCUAUUAAAAUAUGUCUUUGAACAUUUUGCUACACAAUACUUCGAAGAAGCACACAAAUGGGCUCACUUAUUACAAAGACAAAAGUUUACUUUGCUAAAUAUUUUAACAAGUUUGUUAUAUAUUUUAUUUAAAGAGAUCUCUUACAAACCUAUGUAUUUAUUACUAUAAUUUACAUGACUUCAGUUAAUUUAUUUGUGUUCACAUAGUUUUAUGAAGUGUGUCUGUAUUUAUUUGCCACCUUGGUACUUGUGUUUUGUAACAUGCACUGAAUUGUUUUUGUUUCAAUUAUGUUAAUGAUUGGUACUGUAAAUUGGGUCUUUUGUAAACAAAACAGGCAAUGAUGUAUGCAUUUUUAUUUGAAGUAGUUUGUUUGUAUACGGUUUCUUCAAAUAAUUAAUAUUUCUUACAUCAAUGCAACAAAGUUGUGUUCAGUGCUGUACAUUUGGUGUAUGGUAGGAAAUAAAAAUUGAUACUGAA